AUGUUUCGUCCCCUCUGCACGGUUCUGUCUGUAGCACUCCUCGUCGGCCAGGCCUGUGCUUGGGCUGGUCCGAAUUGUACUUUGUCACCGCUUGGCGCUGGUCAGGAUGAUACCGACCAGAUUGAGGCCGCCAUCAAGAAAUGUGGUGAUGGCGGUAACACGGUGUUUACGCCAGGUGAAUACAACAUUACUAGGAAGAUGACUUGGGACCUUCACUCGGCUAGGGUUGACCUGGAAGGCUACCUCAACUUCAAGUUCGAUCUUCCGUACUGGAUGGACCCAGCAAACACGUACAGAGUGAUCUUCAUUCAAAGCCAAGCUUCCUGGUUCGUCAUCACCGGCAAUGACUUCAUCGUCGACGCGCACAACACUGGCGGCAUCAUCGGGAACGGCCAACAGUGGUGGUCUUGGUAUGGCAACGGAACGCGCGACGACGGUGAUGGCCGCCCCGUAGCGUUGUCGCUCGUAAACGUGACUGGCGGAACAAUCAAGGACUUCCGCAUUGAUCAUCCGCCGUUUUGGUGCAACGCCGUCGUGGAUUCCAAGAACGUUGUAUACGAUGGACUGUGGACGAACGCGUCGAACUCGGACCCGCUGUAUUUUAACCAGAACAUUGUAUGGAAUACAGACGGCAUAGACACGUACCGUUCUGACAACAUCACACUCAUCAACUGGGAUAUCACGACCGGAGACGACUGCAUUGCGAUCAAAGGGAACUCUACGAACAUAUACGCCAAAAAUAUCACCUGCCACGGUGGGACUGGAAUUGCAUUCGGGUCCCUGGGGCAAUACGCAGAUCUUGUCGACAAUGUCAACAAUGUCGUCCUGGAAGACUUGACGUUACUCCGUCCUGACCCCAUAAUCCAGCCUGAUAUGGUCCAUGGAGUGUAUUUCAAGUCGUGGACAGGCACGAGGAUAGGUUUCCCCCCAACGGAAGGCGGUGCAGGCCCAGGUAUUGUCACCGGCGUCGAGAUCCGUAACAUGUACCUGGACAAUGUCACGUAUCCUGUGCAGUUGUAUCAAACGAACUCUGGACAUCCAGGCGAUGCGCCAUCAAAGCUGCAAUUCGAGAACCUGUCCUUCUCGAACAUCACCGGAACGGCGUCCACGAACCUUCUGGCCGAUAUACGAUGCAGCUCUGCAGCGCCCUGCCCAAACAUCACGUUCUCUGGCCUCAAUGUGAUGCCGCCCAAUGGGGAGACGCCUGCGUACAACUGUUACAACGUUGUGAGCGGUUUGCAAGGAUUGUCCGCAUGCAACACAACAAUUGCAUCGUGA